CACAGCUCGGGUCAGUCGCCAGUGUUUGUCUGCGUUGAAGCGUCCCGCAAAGACUGGUGUCAAAGAAUGGACAACAAUAGAUCGGAAAAAAGUAUUGGCAAGCGAUGUGCUGUAUGGGGAUGUGGGGCCGUCUCCAAAUCUAGCCGUGGGAUGUUUCUGUGGCCAAAAGAUGAGAAGAUGUCACGUUUAUGGACAAGACAAGUGUGUCUAAUGAGAGCAAACUUUGCUGGACCAGGAAAACGGGGGUCGAUGAAACCGACGAUUUGUGGGAAGCACUUUGAGAAAUCGUGUUUCGAACAAUCAACUAUGAUGGCCAUGGAAAUGGGAUUCAAAAAUAAGUUUAAACUGAAUGCAGAUGCUGUGCCCACAAUACUGCCUGGACCCCAGUCAGUACAAGCCAGCACGCCGAUACAGAGUCCUCCACUAAAGAUACGACGAUAUACAUUCCCCAAAAGGGAGAGAGCGAAGUUGUGUACACAGGAGCCGCAGAGAGUCAACGUUCCCAUCCCUCAAAAGAAACCCACAAGUUUAUCAGCAGCCAUGGAUUCACACGCAACCCCGCAGUCAGUCAUAUGUGAGGUCUGUGGAACGUUCUUUGAGACACGAAAAGGCCUCUCCAGCCAUGCCCGCCUCCAUCUACGGCAGCUCGGUGUGACAUUGUCAGAAAGCAGCGGCGCUCCCAUUGAACUCCUCUACGAGCUCAUGCAGGAGAGAGGUGGCUCCCUCCCAGAUUUCAAAGCAGACUCCUCUGCAGCGGGCCUGACCACUCUCAAAAAAACACCCCAGCAGGAGUCCAGGACACCUUCAGCCCCAGAGGACAGUAGUGACUCCUUCAAAGCAGGGAGUAGAGUUACGACAACUCCGCAACAGAUGGAUCAUCGGGGAUCUCCAGCCAGACCCAAAGAGUCACCAACCUCUGUCCUCCCCUCGCCCCCCGCUGGUCUUAGGCUGGUUGAGCCGAGAGCAAGUGAAGGCAGCAGCUCAUCCUCAGAGCGACAAACCCCAACCAAGCCAAUGUGGGCACCGCUCGCAACUGACGCCCCCAUCUCCUUAGCUUCAGACACCAAAGAUGAAGUCCAUGUGUGCCAACUUUGUGGCUGCUGGUACGGGACACGCAAAGGCCUCUCCAGUCAUGCUCGGAUCCACCUGCGCCAGAUUGGAAUCCCUGACAGCGACAUCAAGGGCAACCCUAUUGAUUUGCUUUACCAGAUCAUGGAGGAGGAGGACCUCAAGCCCAUCCGCAGCGAACAACAGGGGAAGCUCACCUCAAACAACCCCUCCAGAUCCUCCUCUAAACGGCCCUCCAAUCGGUCCACUCCAUCUGCGUCUCCACCCAGCAAACGGCCGAAAUCGUCGGAGAACUUUACCUGUAUUCUGUGCGGAGAGGAGUUUGAGAACCGUAAAGGCCUGGCCAUCCACGCACGUGCUCACCUGCGUCAGAUCGGAGUGGUUGACCUGCCGGGGAAAACCUCUGCAAUUGAUACCGUGCAGGAGCUGGUCAGCAGUGGCAUGCUGGAAGCCAUACACCCUCCCCAAACGAACAAUACAACCAGCUCAUCUGCAGCCUCGUUUCCCUCCACUUCCGCUUCCCAAAGCCCUGCAAAGUACUCUCGGUCUCCUCUCAACAGGGCCCCAAAGGCUAAGAAAGGCUUUCGGCUCGCAGUGGACCCCCUUCACAGGAGGCCCAAGCCUGAGCCUGUGGAGAUUGAGGUGUCUGUUGAACCGCAGGGAUCCAGCACCAACAGCAACUCUCCCACGCAGAAGUCACCUGCUGCUCCAAAGCCCCUUAAUGCAGAGUUACAAUCCCCACCAACAGUCCUUUGCGAUUUCUGUGGCCAGCUGUUUGACACACGCAAAGCCCUGUCAUGCCACGCCCGCGCCCAUCUGCGCCAGCUCGGCCUCUCCUGGUCAAUCAAAACAUCGCCGAUUGAUCUCCUCAGAGAGGUCAUGAUGCGCGGUGAAGAAGGCAAGAAAGUGUAUUUGCCCGCCACAUCAUUAGGCAAAGCCACAUGGACCCCUCAAGGCUCCAGAAGGUCCCUGGACAGCCUCCAGCCAGGGGAAGCAGCCACCAAUCCCUCCACCUCACCCCUGGAUUACUCCAUGAAGGAGAAAUCCUCGUCUGGCAGGAGUGGGGCUUCACACACUGAAGCUUCCUGUGAGCUUUGCGGGUUUUGCUUUGAAAAUCGCAAGGCUCUGGCCAGUCACGCGCGGGCCCACCUCCGACAGCUAGGAAUCAUUGAAUGGAAAGCAGACGGCGCGAGUUCGCCAAUCGACCUCCUCAGUGAGUUGAUCCGGAGGGACCCUGUCAAGGUAGCAGCAAUAACCAGACGCUAUCGUACCGGAGACUUUUACAUCAAGAAGUCCCAGAGAGGUGCUGCUUCUCCUUCUCUGUCCACAGACUCUGACUCUGUGCCCGGCAGCAGCCUGAAGCCUUCGGUAGGCAGAGAGAACGUGGGUGUGACCGCCGGCUCAUCCAGACACUCGCACAGCCACACGCGGUCUAUUGCAGCGCAGCGCAGCGAUCCUGGCGUGCGAUCCCUAAGGGGAGUCAACCUACCAAAACGUGUUGCACCUGCAGGGGGAGAAAAUCAGAACACCAAUUCCCAGCAGCCAUCACGGUCAGGCAGCAUCCCAGCUAUGCUUCCAAAGCCUCCGCUAACACCGCUGGUCAAACUGGUCGGCAAAAUCUACUCCCUCAAGUGCAGGUUCUGUGAGGAAGUGUUUCAUGGACCUCUGUCAGUUCAGGAGCGUUGGAUCACACACCUGCAGAAACACAUCCUGUCACUGGGCUACAAAGGCAAAGCCUCUCCUCCUGCUGCAGCAGUGGCAGCUCCAGCGCUCGUCCAUCCAGUCGCUGUGUAGUCCACAAAGUCUUUCUGCAAUUCACAUUAAACAAGGUCAUUUUCAAAUGUCACGUCAGAGUCAAGAGGAAGUUUUUACGUCUACUUAGAGGCAACAACUUGAGGCAAAAAAGUGCAAAUUGGAUGUUCCUUGUUUGUCCUCGAGAGGGUAAGCAUGCGCCUUAUGCGGAAAACAGCAGAAAGUAAUCCACUCAGGUAAAAUCCACCAGAUACAAUAGAUCCCAAUGCUGAAUAUCCGGUUCCCCCAUCCCUCAUGUUGAUGUUCAGUGCUUUUCCUCUUCCUGCUCUUCCCACCAUCUGUGUCGAUGUUGUGAAUGUGUUUUGAGUGUGAAUAUUUGUCAUUAACACGUUUCAUUUCUCAACUGAGAGAAUAAUCCUGGUUGCCAUUUCACUGUGAUACACUUGAUCUCCUUUAUAUGCUUUUGAAUUGAGGCUUGUUUUAUACAUUACUUUUUGAAGUAUUUCAUUAUACAUCUGCAAGGAUUCUUUAUUUUGUCUCAAAUGGCAAAAUAUUUUGAAUAACAAAACACUGAUUCCAACAAAGUUAGACACAUCGUAUGAGCUGGUGAUAACUUGGUUGAAAAAAAGUGUUAUUAGUAAUUUAAUGUCCUAGAAAUGUAACGGCUCAAACGUCGUGACCAUAGUGACGUAUAACUGCAUAUAAUGUACUGUGUUGCUGGUCUUUUUACAUUAGUUUUUUUAACACUUAUGUUAAUUAAAUUGUGUGUUUUUGUAUGUAA